AUGAACCAGCUCACGGUCGAGGAGGUACUGAGCAGUCACCGGGACUUCCUGUUCCAUUUUCGCACAAUACUCCUGGUCCGCAAGUCCUUCACUAGUCCUAUCAUUCAUUUAGCAAACACUGUGCGACUGACCUUCAUCUCAUGCUUCCAAUCAGAGUCAAAGUUGUUGUCUGAGGGGCUAAAGUCAGCUCUAGCACCGAUGAGCCCUGCGAGACAAACCUUUGUCAAGGCGAAGGUAUGCCAUGGUCCACCUGGAUUACUAUCAGCGAGGGUUCCUACAUCUGGCCAUGUCUCAAACCUGCUAGCACCGCAUCGUUCACCCUCCUUUCCGGCCUCGAUCAAGGCAACCUUGCCUCGCUUACCGAGCUUUUUGCAUUCUUCCAGGAAGUUCAGCGUAGUCAUGGAACCCUGUCAGCGGUUAGAGAUGAUCACACCAACUAGAUCGUGCAACACCUACAGCAAACCCGCUUCCUACGACCACCAGGUCGUAUACCUCCGGGACAGACCCGGUAAGGUUGCUUACGACGUCGCUGACGAAAGACAUUGGAUCAUUCGGCUUGAAAUGUUGUCAAGAAGCGGGUCAAUUUGUAAGGAUGGAACUGAGGCGUUUCGAGGAAGACUGAGAGUGUUCAAGAACAUGUCGAAGUUUCUUCGUGCCCCUUUUCAUUCUUUUUAUCUUCAAGCCAUACCCCUCAACAAGAGCACGCAGCUAGACGAAGACGGAUCUCACCCCGCAAGCUACAACGAAUCGUAG